AUGAGCGGCAGCGCGGAGGUCGCGGACGCGGAGGCGCCGCGCGUCAAGCUGCCGCCCGCGCUGCGUAAAGGUUUCGCCAUCACGGACCUGCUCGGACUGGAAACAGACCUGCACGCGCGCCAGGGCCCCGGGCACGGCCCCGGGCUCUCCGCGCCCACAGCCGGAGGCGGGGACGCGCAGGGCCCUCUCGGCGCGUUCGCGUUCCCCGGAGGCGCGCUCCCACUGGGUCUCGGGUUCCUGUGCAGCCUCGCGGCGCAACAGCCCGGGGGCGCGCACUGCUUCCUUCCAGGGCACGUGCCCCUGCUACAAGCACGCGCAGACACGCACUUUCUUCACAACCUGGAGGGCACGCGCGACUCCGCUUUCUCAGAUGAGGAGUGUCUGUCGGACCGGGACAAGAGCUGCAGCGGCGGGAACCAGAAGCGCAAGAAACGACGUCACAGGACGGUGUUCACGUCGUCGCAGCUGGAGGAGUUGGAGAAGGCCUUUCAGGAGGCUCAUUAUCCCGACGUUUACGCUCGAGAGAUGCUCGCGCUGAAGACCGAGCUCCCAGAAGACCGGAUCCAGGUGUGGUUCCAGAACCGUCGGGCGAAGUGGCGUAAGCGUGAGAAGUGUUGGGGGCGGAGCUCGGUGAUGGCGGAGUACGGUCUGUACGGAGCCAUGGUGCGACACUCCAUCCCUCUGCCCGAGUCCAUCCUCAACUCCGCCAAGAACGGCAUGGUCAGCAGCGCCCCCUGGCUGCUGGGGAUGCAUAAAAAGUCUCUGGAAAUGACCAAGAAGUGCCCAAGCCCCGCCCCCUUCUGCGACCCCGAGCGACCUCUGACCCUGAGCGACCCCCGCACCAGCCCCGACCCCCGCGUGACCCCCGACCCCCGAGACGAUCGACCUGAGCCCCGAGACGAGCACGAAGACGAAGAGGAAGAGGAAGCCAUGGACCUGUCCCGCCCCUCCAAACCCCCCGGCGGCCAAUCAGAGGACUGA